AUGACCCACCAAUCCGAACAACACAAAACCCAAGAGGUCCCCAAAAAUGACUUCCACACUUUACCAAUCAAAGAUGAUAAGGACUCUGGAACUACUCCGUCCGUACUCGUCGGCAACCCAGGAUUAAAAGAUGGCGGAGUGGUGACCACUCAAGCCGGGCCGGUGAUCCCUGACAGCCAAUUGGCCGGCGUCCCCGUCAAGUCUUCCGCCGAACUCGACCAACAGGCCCAGGCUUUGAACAAGCCGAAACCGGCUAACCCUUGA